AGGGCGAGAUUUUACAACAGGGGCUGUUUCACAACUGUGGACAAGUCGCCACGCCUUUGCUGUCCUUCCAUCUCUACCGGGGGAGUUCGCCUGAGAACACGGAGCUUUACACCUCCUCGUCCACGCGCGCUGUGUACCCUCCUGGCGUCAGUUCAACACGUUUUCCGCUUCUGGAUUGAAAAGAGCAACCGAUCAAAACAAACAAGCGCCUUUUUUGGUGGUGGGGGGUGGGGGGGGUUGGGGGUGCUUUCGUGGGCAUGCGAUUUUGUGGAGCUUCUGUAACAAAACAAACAGGUAGCCACGGCCGCCGGGGCCACAGUCAAGUGCAUCACAUUGGCCGUCAACCCUUCGUUCACCAACUAAGAGGGUUUCGGGGCCAUGGAGCUGAGCUCGGUCCUUCUCACCACCGGGGGAUCCUACGGAUUCUUCCGAUUUAUCAACACCGGAGUGGACAGACUACCUGUGCCGGAAGCUGCCCGCAGGAACACGUUUAAAUGGAGAAACAUCUCCACGUCCUUCGUGCACAGCCUCGUCACCGCGAUAUGGGCAGUGCUUUGCUUUUUCCUGAAACCAGAGAUGGCUGAAGAUUUGAUAGAGACACAUUCAGUGUUUUCUCAUGCACUGGUGUCUUUUUCAAUUGGUUACUUCAUCUAUGACCUCUUUGACAUGGUGACGUACCAGAAGUUAAGUCAGUUCUGGGAGCUUGCCUUGCACCAUAUUGUAGUGAUCACCUGUUUCGGCCUGUCUGUGCUAACGUACCGCUACGUGGGUUUCGCCGUGGUGGCCCUGGUGGUGGAGAUCAACUCGGUAUUCCUCCACCUCAGGCAGAUCCUGCGCAUGGCCAACCAGGCCGCCAGCACCGUCUACCGGGUCAACAGCAUGAUCAACCUGGGGACCUACGUGGUGUUCCGCAUCAACACCCUGGCCUGGAUGACCCGCUGGCUGGUGCUCAACAGAGACAAGGUGCCCCUCUUGGCCUACACUCUGGGCAGCGUGGGCCUGGCCAUCAUGACGGUCAUGAACAUCAUCCUGUUUUACCGGCUGCUCAGGAGUGACUUCCUGAAGAGCAGCACUCGGGAGGCCAAGAAAGACAAGGAAACAUAAGAGAGAAUUCAUUUCGGCACCGUGUUAGAUUUGGUACGUUUAUUUCCGCUUUUGUUGUUGAUUGGCCUCACUGACAGCUGCAUUUCUCUUCUCCUUUUCAUACUAACUUGCAUCACUACAUAGGCUGACUGGGUGUUCCAAAAUGUAGCUUAUGGUGAGUGAAGCUCACAAGCAUCUCCAUAGCAACACUUCAUGCCGUUAAUGGAUAUCAUCGUAUAUGUAACGUAUGGCUUUGGGUUCCAUCACCACUGAAUGAAUUAAUCAAGCAAAUCUAAACUUUAUUUCAACUAGUCAUGCAAAGGUGAUGUAUUUUUGUGAGAUUAACUUCAAGCCACUUACUACCUCAGAAAGCUUUCAACACGUGUUUGCCUCUGUCAGAAAGACCAUUGUAAAUCAUUGUCAAAUGUGGCACAACCAAUCCACAUAUUAAGGGUGAUCUUCCCAUGUGUUAAUAUAUUUGGCCCAUGCACAGUAACUGAAAAAAAUAUGAGUAGUGUUAUUACCAGUAAAGAUCUCAAAUGAGCUACAUAAGAUGCCCCUUUGUAUAUCCAAAUGUUCAAAUCAAGCAGCCAAGUGUCACCACUUUUGUGAGCUCACAAGAAACCUGUGAAAUAUGGGAACUGUUAUUCUUAUAAUGGCCUUUAGAGGACAGUACACUCGGUAAUUACCUCAGUGAUUUCGGAGACAGACGUUAUGCCCCCCGCCCACACACACACACACACACACACACACACUUUCAAACAGUUCCCAGAUGUCUCAAUAAAAGGUCUGUCCGAUUCUGCCAUUAAACUACACAAAGGAUAAAGAAUUACAGGCAGCACACUCAAUAAUGAUCAAUGUCACAUUGUUUGGAAUCACUUGGUUGUGUCAGUUCUGUCUCAUGCAAACGCCAAGGAUUGUUUUUUUUUUUUUGUUUUUUUUUGUGUGUGUUGCCAAUUUAGUGAUUUUUGUGGUUUUAUGACCGUACUCCUCUGGGUCACAGACUCCAAAUCAAUGGCAUUUGUGUCAAAGCCACUGAUUAAUUUAACCACGGUUGUUGAAUUUCAGUCAUGAUAGGUGGUCAGACACACCAGAGAACUAAAUAUUUGAAUACAAACAAUAAAAUUCAAAUUUGUAUAUGUCCCCUUUAAUGAGGCAGGAAGAGAGGUAUCUUAAUUGUGUGGAGACCUGUGCUAUUAUAUUUUUUAAUGAGUGAUCGAUGCCUGGUUGUGAGGUUAAUGUUGGAAUAAAAACAUCUGAGAGCUAUGAAUACGGUGACCAAGCUCUGGAGCGAAUAGUGAAAAUCUGUCAAUAAUUACGCCGAACAAGGUAUGCAAUUGUGUGUACAUGCCACAAGACGGCAGCAAAGCACUUAAAACAGGAUCAUAAAGCAUCAACAGCAUGCUUCUCGAUGGUACACAAUCAUGAACUCAUGUUACAACUUUCAGUAUUUAAAUUAUUCAACACAAAACACCUUCACAUUUGACUCAUCAAUAGUAUUAGUUAGCAUCCAGCCCUCCAUUUUCUUCCGCUUAUCUGAGAUUGGGUCGCAGGGGCUGCAGUUUAAGCAUCAGGAGAAAAGCAGAAACACUUUUGACUUUCACUUUUGACUGUCCACGUGGUGCAUUUAUGGACCGCCAACAAAACGGCAUCUCAAAUGCAGUCGAAAAACGCAUCAAUGAAUUAAAUCUAACAACAACAACAACACCAUUCUACCAUCAGAUGGCGGUAGAUUAAUAAGCUAAUUGCUUUGACUUGAGCACAAAAACAGCAAGUAGUUGAGAUUUUCAGCAAAUGGAGGAUAUAGGUUCCACCAAAAAGUGGUCGAAUUCACGAAUAUAUGGAAGUUCACUGUACUGCAAACAGUCUAACACACAUAGGUGCGCACAGGCUUUGACACAUCACAGUCCAUUUGUGUUUAUAUUUUUUUGUCAAUUUUUAUUUUGGGGGUUAAUUGUGAAUAUUUGUAAUUUAUUUGUCCUGAAAGAAGUGUUCCGUUAAAGAUGAAAAAGAUUUCUUUUUUUAAUUAAAUCUGUUAUUAACGGAGUCCACUGGACUACAAAACAGAUUCUGCACUGGACUACAAAACAGAUUCUGCACUGGACUUUCAGUUGUCCACCCAAACUUGUUCCCGACCGAACGCAUACCAUCAGUUCAAAUCAGAAAGUGGAAGUUCUGUUCAGUCUUUAUCCCAGCAGCCUUAUAAAGAUCUGUAAUACUGUUUUGUCAUUUGCAGGACCUCUUUAGACCAGUGCAAUGUAACUUUUUUUUUUUUUUUUUUUUGCAACUGGACGAGUGUCUGUGAAUGUGAUUACACACUUGUGAGAAUCUCAUGAAUUACAAAGCACAAGAUACCUGAGAGAAAACAACCUCAGUUUAGUGUCAAUAUCACUUAUAUCUUCUGGCACACAUUAUUUUCUACAUCACACUCCCAUUUAUGUUUAUAAAAUAACAUUAUUUC